AUGGCGACGCCAACUCCGAAUGGCUUUGUACCAGAGGCGAAAUAUCAGCGACUUGUACGGAAGCAUAACGAUCUUUCCGCUGGGUACAAAGCGCUGGAGGUCAAGUUCGAAGCACUGGAAACGAAGUACAAGACCGACGUCGAGGCCGCCAGAGCAGAACAUAGGAAGACAAACGAAAGGCUCCAUCAAUGGAAAGCCUGGAUCGAGCACCACAAGUCAAAGAUCUGGCCAGAACAAGGUCCUGUUGCCAAUGCUGAAUCGCGGACUCCAUCAACGUCGGUAGCGGACGAGGCCAAGCAGUCUUCUCAUCAUAUCCCAUCUAGCCAGACAACCAUAGAUGACACGAUCGAAGCUCCUGCUGAGCAAGAACACCCAUCGAGCGAUGGCGUGGAAGUGGUCUCAGCGCGUCCGGUCAAGCGGCGCAGAGGCAAUGCAAAGCCAUCAAUGCCGCCGCCAGUUCGCGUCAAGGAAGAGCCGAACUCGCCCGAGAAUCCGAUCGAGUUUGGGUCUCAAGACUACAGCAGUCCACAUGUGCAACGGAAGAGGCCUCUUCUGCGCACUGAGACGUCCGAUCUCGAUGCAGUGACCUCACGGAUCGUUACUCCUCGAAGGCGCAGGCACAACAGGGCUACGUCAGUUGAGCAAUCAAGACCUGCUGCGAUGGUACCAACGAUGUCAUCACUUUCCGAAGGCAACGAGAUUGACACUGCGUUCCCUGAUAUGCUGGCUGGGGACAGGCGACAGCUUACGGGUGACCGCGAACAUGAUCUACCGCAGCAGGCUCCAAAUCAGGCGCCAAAUACUAACGCUUUGCGCCAGCUGAGCAACAAUGUGCCAUAUGGAGCGGAGCCAAGGAUGAACGUGAAGCGUAAACGAGGGCAGAGAGGCGACGUGCGAGAGAGAGACAUAGGACUUCUCUCUGAAGAUGGCGAAAUAGCCAGUCAAACCGCUGCUGUAAACUCCAAGAACGCGUCAAGACCAGAGCUCAAUCGGCGACUGGACACACUACUUGACGGGCCGACCCCAGAGAGGGCGCCGUUGUUGCCGCGACCAACGCCUCAGACGGUGAUCCGACGUCCUGACAACAAGCGUUUGAGGCCGAUAGCACAACCUGAAGACGAUCCCGCCACAUCACCAGAGCGGCCACCAUCCGCCACCAAGCGAGCUCCUCAACGUUACAAGGCACCGAUGCGUGCGACAGCGGAAGACGAGCCUUUGCGAUCACGACCCCCUAGAACUCUACGACCCGAGGAUCAGUAUACCACACCCAAUCAACAACGUCAAGAAGGAAAGUCUCGCUCGCCAGUCAAGCGCCCUGUUUACAACAAACGCCCUCGCGGCCUCGAGAAAUCGCCACCACCACCUGAACCGGAGGAAGAGCCCUUACGCGCCCGACCGUUGGACUCACUCCACCUCGACGACUUCAAGAUCAACCCAAAGUAUCUCGGCUCCGACUUUGCUUUCUCCGACACCCUCCGCGGUAGAGAACAGCGCCGCUGCCUCCAGGGCUGCACCCGCCCAGACUGCUGCGGCAACGCCUUCCGCACGGCCAUCGAAAUGGGCGCAAUCAAGAGCUCAAAAAGCGACUCCCAAGUCCUCGAAGACUACCUGGGCCCUGACUGGGACCAGAUCAUGGGCUCCUUCGGACCCGAGAAGCGAAAGAGCAUGCUCACAGACGCCCAAACAUGGUCCUUCGCGAACCAGCACGGCAAACACAAAACUGCCUUUGAACGCGCCCGAUCACCGCCCGGUUUCUGGCGCACCGACAUGCCGACCACGCAGGAGGCAGAAGAAGACCGCUCUAGAGCGCACGAGAUGGAGAGGCAGAAGGUCGAGGAGAGGUGGCGCGAGGCACUGCGUCCGGGCGGCAGGUGGCUGUUCCGAGACGAGCGCCCGCCCGUGUGA